GCGACCCACCCUGUCCGCGCCAUUUUGGCUCCAUGUGAGCUCCUUCCCUGACAUGUCAACUGUGCUUGAAGGUGACAGUGUACGUUUGAAAUGGCUUCGUUGCGGGCAGCCAGGAGGAUGUUCAGCGCUGCUGUAGAAACAGCAGCUGCUCCGGUUCCGAACAGCCGCUGGGAAAAGCUGAAGAACAGCAAAGCAGGUGCGUGGUGUCGCGGUCUGCUCUCUGACUACAAGGAAGCAUGCAGGGAGGCGGUUGUAGGCGCUUGGGAGCGGCCGCUCAGGACUUCGCUGUACAUGACUGUUCUGGGUGGAGCCGGGGUUUGUUUCUACACCAAACCCGACCAGUCAGCGUUUGAGGCCGCUCUGCUGGAGUGCUCAAACCAGCUGGGUCUGCUGUCACCGUGGAUUCGGAGUGCCACCUCUGACAGCCAUGUGCAGAGUCUGGUGAAGCUUCGUAACGAGGGCCGGCUCCGCUUCGUCAGCCUGGGUCUCCUGGCGUUGGUUUACCGCACUGACUACGACACCAACACCAUGCUGUAUGAAGCCCAGUGCUCCAACCUGUCGGUGCCCUGGAGGGAGCUCCCUCAGCGGGUUCUAGACGUUGGCUUCACUGGUCGCUGGUGGAUCUUGGACUCAAAGAUGAAGGACUAUGACAUUAAUGAGGAAGAAUUCAAGCACCUGCCGGCAUACAUGCAGGCAACGUUACCACCGAGUGUUCAGGAGGUGGAAAGGAACGAGAGGUCACACAGAGAGUCGUGGUUACCGCUGACAGUGGAGGAAGAGGAGGAAGAAACUAAAACUCUGGACAGGAAGGAGGGGGAGAUCCAACCUGGGAGGGAGGAACAAACUCAGAGCUGAGCCACACUUUCACCAGCAGGCCAUGCUUGGAAUAAAACUGUCUAGAUCCUUACCCUCAGUCUACAACAAGGUCUGGAAAGAAAAAAGAAAAAAACACUCAGCUACGAACUUUUAAUCAUGAGAGGAGGAAAAUUUGUCAAAGUAAAUGUAAACAUUUUACAUUUGUAUUUAUUCAAGCUGAUUUUUUGUUUUGCAGAUCGGUGAAAAGUUUUUUCUACCACAAAUAAAGUCGAUAAAUCUGUCGCAUAUUAACUGAUAAAUAUGUUCACAGACCUCACUGUCUGAGCAAUUUUAAUAUUAAAACAUAGAAAAUGACUUUUUGUGAUGCCACUUCUUCCUCGUUUGUUUUCUGUUACCUCAUAUUUUCUGUUGAGAGUUAAGCCUAACAAGAUGGGCGUCCUGUUACUGCCUACAGUGUUUCAGUCGGCAGAGACUUUUAAUACACACAACCUGCAGGAGGCGUUCAUCAGUAGCAGCAGUGUUCCCAACUACAUGAUGUUCCUCGUCACGAGUCCCAUGUGGGCCGGUCAGUGGGCUCUAAUCCUUUUGAAGUCGUCUCCAUUCAUUUUAAGUCCUUUUUGAAACAGAAACCACCUCAACCAAGAAUAUAAAUAUGUUUUAUACAUUAGUGGAUGGUAUUUUUGCCUUUUCAUGUUCAUACCUUAAUGUAAAUGUAAAACAGCAUCACACCUCUGAAACGGACCAGAUUCAUCACCCUGAAACGGGGGGGGGGGGGGG